UAGCAUAGCGUUUUCCGUUCUCGGGCUCUCUCUCGGCUUCUGCUUCUCCGCCACAGACGACGACGGUUAACCAUUUCUCCCUCGUCUCUCACCGCCUCCGCCCUUGGCGACACUCCGAUCAGGCGGUCACUCUCUCACGCCCUCAGUCCUCACAUCCUAGAGUGUCAGACCUCACUUCAUCACUUCAUCGACUCAGCCGUCUCAGCGACGACCGUACGGGACUCAGGCACCUCAGCGCCUCUGCGGACCUCACUUCAGCCUCGCCCCUCGCCCAGUCAGUCCUCUGCGCCUCUGCUUCACUGACUCACUGUAAAUCCAAUGCUCAAGAAUGCAAGCAUUCGACAUUCCCAGCUAAAACACGGGAAUGACAAUGGUGAAAAUCCGGCAAGUCUUAGAUUUUCAGGCUUCGGCGUGGUCGUCCUUCAGAAUGCCCAUAACUUGAAAAGCCUAAAGGCAUAAGUCUCAGUAGUUGGUUGAUUCAAACACAUGGUGGUUUCCAACAUUCUAGGAAUCUAGUAACAGUUGUCUUAUCAUUGAGCUGCUGAAUCUAAUGAUGGAAUUUUGAUUAUCAUUGAUGUCGAUGGCUAGCUCUGCUGGUGCAAACACUGAAAGUCAACUUGUCAAAACUUUAUGUGUAAUUGUCCUUAAGGGUCACUGGAAUAAUCUGUUGAAACCCAAGAUUGGUUUAUCAGUGACUUCGACAAUUAUUAAUCAUACGCUACUCACACUCUCUCCUUGUUGGUUCUGGCUUUCUUGGUCAUUCUUCAAAUGGGUAGAAACAAUCCCGAACUACAGGCACUCUUUGCAAUCUUCUUGGAGUAUGAUUUAUAUACUCACAAAACACAAACAUUUCAAGAGUGCAAAAGAUAUGCUUCACCAAAUUGCAUGUAAAGAUUUCUUGUCCUCGCCCGCAGUUCUGAAUGCUCUUGUGAGGAGUGAUGAUGACAGCGAUGUGAAUUCGCAAGUGUUCAGUUGGUUGUUGAUAUUUUACGCGAAUUCAAAGCGCACGUGGGAUGCAAUUCAGGUGUUUGAGCAUUUAAGGAUUUGUCGGAUUAAGCCUGACCCGCAUGCUUGUACUGUGCUCUUGAAUUCAUUGGUCAAGGAGGGGUUGACUGAUACCGUGUGGAAGACAUACAAAAAGAUGAUAAAACUUGGGGUUCUACCGAAUAUACACAUAUACAAUGUGUUGAUUCAUGCAUGUUGUAAAUCGGGUGAAGUGGAGAAAGCAGAUGAAUUCUUGAGUGAAAUGGAGUUCAAGGGUAUAUUCCCCGAUUUAUAUACAUUUAACACAUUGAUAUCGUUGUACUGCCGGAGAGGCAUGCAUUAUGAAGCUUUAUCUGUGCAAGAUAGGAUGGAAAGGGGAGGAGUGGAACCUGACAUUAUAACGUAUAAUUCUCUGAUACACAGUCACUGUAGGGAAGGUAGGAUGAGAGAGGCUAUGCGUUUGUUUAAGGAUAUAAAAGAAAAAGUUACUCCGAAUGAGGUGACAUAUACCACAUUGAUAGAUGGUUAUUGCCGAGUUGGUGAUAUAGAUGAAGCUUUGAGAUUGCACAGUGCAAUGGAAGAAAAAGGUUUGUGUCCAAGGGUUGCCACUUAUAAUUCAAUUCUCCGAAAAUUUUGUGAAGAAGGGCGGAUGAAGGAGUCAACUAAGCUAUUAAACCAAAUGGGUGAGAAGAAAAUCGAACCUGAUAAUGUCACUUGUAACACAUUGAUUAAUGGCUACUGCAAAAUCGGAGACAUUGUAUCGGCUCUGAAAGUGAAGAAUAAGAUGCUAGAAGCUGGACUCCGACCUGAUUCUUUCACGUACAAAGCAUUAAUCCAUGGGUUUUGCAAGGCAAAGGAUACGGAGAGAGCUAAAGAAGUGAUAUUUGACAUGAUUGCUGCAGGAUUCUCUCCGAGUUAUUGUGCAUACUCGUGGCUUGUGGACACUUAUUGCCUCCAAAACAACAACGAAGCACUCGUAAAAUUGGCAGAUGAGUUUUCGGGGAGAGGUUACUGUGUUGACAUUUCAUUUUACAGGGCUAUUAUACGAAGGUUGUGUAAGAGGGGGAAGCUGGAUUGUGCUGAAAGGUUCUUUGGCAUGAUGCAAGAGAGGGAGAUAUUGGGAGAUAGUGUAGUGUACACUAGUCUAGCGUAUGCAUACUUUAAAGAAGGAAAUACGAGAGCUGCUUCAGAUUUGUUUGAUGAGAUGUACAAAAGAAGGUUAAUGGUAACCCUCAAACUAUACAAAAGUUUGAGUGCUUCUUCUAAGGACGAGAAUAGCCUUCUGGAUUUGUUCUGGAAUAAUGUGAUGCAGAGAGGCCUGAUUUCUCAUAAUGUUCAUAAUAGUAUCUUCUUAAAACUGCAUUCUUAGAUAUUAUGGUAAAUGGAGACACAAACUUUCUCUAAAUAUUGUCGCCAAAGCAGCAAGAAUUGAGGAGACCGCGUGUUCAACUCAAAGGUGGAAUCGCCCACCUCAUCAGGAUUGUGGAGGCCGGGGUAAAUCAUGGUGACUCAACUGGUCAACAGAGGCUAGACUUUUGCUCAUUGCGCACAAGGAGCCCCCCCCCUCCCCCCCCCCUCCCCUCCCUCAUUUGAGAGGUUGCUCCCACACUGUCGCUGGUGAGACUCAAUUAUCCUUGUUCUCUUGUCACAUAUUUCACCUCUGUGACCAUCUGUGACCAAUUGAGCUGACCAUAGCGCGUAUAAAUGAAGUGCGUUCAACACCUGCAUGUUGUAUGUACAUCUCCAUUGCAUUGAUGGAACUUGCAACAAGAACAAUGUCUUUAAUUUGGCGCUUCAGAUCCUCCGCUAGCUAGCUAGUAGGAGCACUAAACAGAAGUGUU